AUGAACAGCACAGACCUAACCGUGGGCAGCCGGCCCAUGAGUGCGAAGGAGUUGACCGAUAGAGCCAGAGCGUUCGACUGGAACCCACGCAUCGGCUUCAAGUACUGGGCUCGCGCCGCCGAGACCAUUCAUCAUGAGGGCCAGGUCUAUUUGCGUGAAGGCAAUGUCCCACAAGCCUACCUCGUCCUCUUUCGGUACUCGACCCUCGUCCUCGAAUACCUCGUCAACCAUCCUGAAGCCAAGGAGCCCGAGGCUAGGAAAGCGAUUAAACCACUCCAGAAGCGCAUUCCACGCGUAAUAGAACUGCUCGAAACCCUGCGUCCGGAAAUCGAGGACACGUACGAGGAGUGGUUGAAGCUUUCCGAGACACAGAGAAAGAGAGCCGUGACCACUAGCCUCGAUUCGUCCGCGCUCUACGCGAGGCAUGCGGACAAUGAUCCAGCUCUGUCCUGGAGCUAUACUUCACCAGCAAACAUCCUCGACGCCAAAGACUAUCAAGAUCUCGCUGUCGACUUGGCCAAGAAAGAGAUGAAGAGGCGCAGGCGGGAGACUGCGGUCUCAGUAGACGAUCGCAGGCGCAGGAAUACCGGCAGGAUCAAAGACAAUGACGGGAGGGUCGUGUCGCAAUACAUGGAUGACGACGAACUCCGGAGACAGAUGGAAGCGACCCGACGUCAGUUGGAUCGAUCCGACGACUAUCGGACGGUUUUCGAUGAGGAGAGCGAUCCGGUCCGACCUUCAACCUACCUUUACCCUUCCAUCAAUAGGCCAGAGCCGGUUCAGUAUCAACAUCCAUACUCGCAACCGCGCGUAGAAGGUCCCAGGCCUCAACCUCCGCGCCCACCCAAAGAAUGGGACAUCGAUCGGUCCUCCGCCAUACCCCCCCCUCUGCCUGACAAAAUCCUUUAUCUCGCACGCGGUCCUCCCAUACCCCCUUCCCCUCAGCCGUACAAGGCACCGCUGGAGUCAAGCACGCUCCCCGACUUCGAUUCUACGCAAGAGCAGCCGCCAACCCUCCCUGCAAAGGUACCAGCUGAACCAGCCAAGGAGAAGAGAGUCACCUUCCGCCCAGCCGCCUAUCUCGAGAACGGCGAGCCCCUUAGGCCAGUCUUUCUGCCAAGCACGCUGCGGCAGAAGUUCCUGCAACUCGCGUCCGCGAACACGCGCAAAGGGCUGGAAAUGUGCGGCAUGCUCUGCGGGACCACAGUGAACAAUGCGCUGUUCAUCUCCCAUCUGAUCAUCCCUGAGCAAAAGUGCACGUCGGACACGUGCGAGACCGAAAAUGAGUCGAGUAUGCUCGACUUUUGCAUUGAAAACAACCUGAUAGUGAUCGGUUGGAUUCACACCCACCCAACGCAGACGUGCUUCAUGAGUUCUCGCGACCUCCAUACCCAAGCUGGGUACCAGGUGAUGAUGCCUGAGGCCAUCGCCAUUGUCUGCGCGCCGCAGUACGAGCCAUCAUGGGGCAUCUUCCGCCUGACGAACCCGCCCGGUCUCCCGCACCUGCUGUCCUGUCAACGAACCGAGACGUUCCACCCGCACUCGGUCGACAAUCUCUAUGUCGACGCUGGGAAUCCAGCGGGCCACGUCUACGAGUCGAAGGCCCUCGAGUUCGAGGUGUGUGACUUGCGCCCGGGGUUCUAG